ACGGUUGAGCCACCUUUCUUAUGUUCUUUAUCUUUCCCCAUAUAUAUAUACAUAUAUAUCCACGUUCUUCGUCUGAUCAGGAAGAUUAACACAAAAAAGAAAAUUCUUUUUGGGACAAAGAAGAGAUCAUGAGCUGCUUCCGCGGGCGUAUACUUUACAAUAUUAAUAUUCUUGCGUUGUUCGUCUUCUUCUUAAUGUCGAUCUUGACGAGCUCCGAGUGCAGAACUUCAAUGGCGGAAGAUGAUCAGAACCCAUUAUCAUACGAGCUGUGGAGCAGAGAGGAGAUGGUACGGAUGGCCGGCUAUGGAGAAGACAAGCUCUCCACCGUCCUCGUCGCCGGCACCGUUGUUUGCGAGGCUUGCUUGAGCGGUGAACAUGAGCUUCGUGUCUGGCCUGUUCCAGGUGCGUCGGUGACGGUGAAAUGCAGCAAAAGUGGGGAGAGCAAAUGGGUAUGGGAAAGAGGUAUGACAGACGAAUAUGGAGAUUUCUUGAUUGAUCUUCCAUCGCAGCUCCAUGCAACUCCGAACUUGGAGAAAACAUGUUACGUGAAAGUUCUCCGGCUGCCGACCAACUCGCAGUGCCGGCCGGCGUACGUGAAAAAACAGAAGGGUCUAAAACUCUCCUCCGUCGGCAAUGGCAUCCGAACUUACUCCGCCGGACGGAUCAGGUUCCAGCACUUCACAUCAAAGUCUUCCCCACCAUGCAUCAGGGUUGGCACAGGUGGUACAAAACAGAUUGCUUGAUGAAUAUGUAUGUAUGUAUGUAUAUAUAUGUAUAGAGA